UUUUGUGAUGGGAAUGGCUCUGCCUUUUUAAACUUACGCACCAAGGAACGUUCGACUCGAAAGUUUGUUUUGGUGGUUGAUUCUCAGAAGCAAGUGACUGGUUGUGAAUUAUGACAAGUUUGAACCCUGGCUUCUGUCAUCGAAUCAAAGACAUUGAGUUGUUUUUGAUUUGAAACGUUCUAGCAGUCAGGGUUGGUGGCAAGAAGCCUUGAAAAAUUCCUGGGGAAGACCACUUUUCAGGUUUACUGAUGACACAAAUGCUCAAGGAUUAUUUGGGAACCUAUCAAGUUUAUUCCGUGUGUUAAAUAACCCUGGAGAAAUGAUAACCGAGGUAACUCAGUUUCAAAACAGCAGUAAUCCUGUUCACAUUUCUCCUAACUUUUUCUCUUGUAAGAAAUGUGGGAAGUUGUUCUCAACAAAUGAUGCCUUAAGUGUUCACAUUGUCUCUCACAGGGAAGAGACACUUUUCAGAUGCACAGAUUGUUUUGAAACAUUUUCUAGUUCUUUUAAGCUUUCGUAUCACAUGAAGAGUCAUGAGGAAAGAAAGUUUGGUUGCAAAGUGUGCAGUAAAACUUUCUUGACUCAACAUCACUUAAAAAUGCAUAGUGCAAUGCACAUGGAGGUUAAACCUUAUUCUUGCAAUACUUGUGGUAGCCGCUUCAGGUACAAUAAAACGCUUGAAACACACCAGAGAACUCACCUAGUGGGAACAGAUCAGAAUGAUUUACGUUGCAGUAGUAACAAGCCAUUUGCGUGUGGCAUAUGUGAUUUGACAUUUGAAACAAGGAACAGUUACAACCAUCACACCAAAAGUCAUAAAAACUCUUUAAACAACUUAACAUGCAGUUUCUGUGGAAAAGUAUUUUCUGUGAAGAGGACUUUGUUGCAACACAUAAGGACUCAUACAGGUGAGAAAGGUUACUCAUGUGAGAUCUGUGGGAAAGAACUUACCAGUAAGGAGUCACUCCAUUGCCAUAUGAUGAUGCACUCUGGGGAGAAGCCCCUGGUCUGUGAUGUGUGUGGGAAGGGUUUCUCACAUCGUAAGUACUUCGUAGUACAUCAGCGCAUACAUACAGGUGAACGCCCAUACAAGUGUGUGACAUGUGGCAAGUCAUUUACUCAGGCAUCAACUCUCACUGUGCAUAGGCGCUACCACACGGGUGAGAGGCCCUACAAGUGUGUCGUGUGCAACAAGGGGUUUGUCACAAGGACCAUCAUGAUAACGCAUAUGCGGAAGCACGAGCCAUGAUAGAAGAUUUAUGAACUGGUCUGUCAGUGAAGUAGUACUGGUCAUAUUUAUUUGAAUAGUGUUCCCAUAUACAAAACUGUGGUUUCCCAGUUCAUAUUUAUUGAUACUGAAGUUCCUGACUUGAGAUAGUCUUUGUUUUUCAUAUAUUCUAUUUGUUUUCUUGUUUGUUAUUUUAUGCCAUUAAGGCCUAUUUGACAGAUGGUAACCUGCAGCCCUUGAAGUACUGACUUGUAGUUCUUUUUUAGUAGUAGCCACAGUAACUUCAUAUUACUGAUUUCUUUCAGGCUUUAUUAGUAUGUAAAAUGUAAAUAAUUGGCAAUUUUUUUACAUAUCAGCGAGUUUGUAGUGGAAAGAGUCAGGUUUUUAUAGAGCUUUUUAUUAUUGUGUUGUAUAAUAUGAAUAAAGCGGCAAUUAUGUGUA